AUGGAGCGGGAACAAGAGGAACCAGAACUUCUGCAGAUGGAGCGGGAACAAGAGGAACCAGAACUUCCCCAGAAGAAACUGGAGCAAGAGGAACCAGAACUUCCCCAGAAGAAUCUGGAGCAAGAGGAACCAGAACUUCCCCAGAAGAAUCUGGAGCAAGAGGAACCAGAACUUCCCCAGAAGAAACUGGAGCAAGAGGAACCAGAACUUCCGCAGAAGAAACUGGAGCAAGAGGAACCAGAACUUCCGCAGAAGAAACUGGAGCAAGAGGAACCAGAACCUCUGCAGAAGAAACUGGAGCAAGAGGAACCAGAACCUCCGCAGAUACAAGAGGAACCAGAACCUCUGCAGAAGAAACGGGAGCAAGAGGAACCAAAACCUCUGCAGAUACAAGAGGAACCAGAACCUCUGCAGAAGAAACGGGAGCAAGAGGAACCAGAACUUCCGCAGAUGCAACAGGAGCAAGAGGAACCAAAACAUCAACGGAUCACAGAGGAAGAGAAGCAACUCUGCAUCAGUCAGGAUGAAGAGCAGCUUGUGCUGAAUCAAGAGACUGAUGACAUUUUGGUGAACAAACAGAAAGGCACAGCUGAGACUUCAAACAAAAAAAAGCACAAGAAAGCUCACCCAAACAAAAAACGAUAUUCUUGUAAAAUUUGUGACAAAACCUUUUCUCGAAAUUAUUCCUUGACAACACACAUGACAACUCACACGCCUGAGAAACCCUUCACAUGUGCAGCUUGUGGAAAAACUUUCCAUCACAUCAGCACUUUAAACAGACACAUGAAAACACACUCGGGUGAGAGACCUUACACGUGCACAACCUGUGGAAAAAGCUUUGUAUCUAGAUCUCACUUACUUGAUCACAUGACAAUUCACACUGAUGAGAAGCCUUUCUCUUGUGAGACCUGUGGAAAACGUUUCCGGAGGAAAACUGACUUGGUUAAGCACAAGAGAAUUCACACAGGUGAGAAGCCUUUCUCUUGUGAGACCUGUGAAMAAAGUUUCCGGAGCAAACCUGACUUGGUUAGGCACAAGACAGUUCACACUGAUGAGAAGCCUUUCUCUUGUGAGACCUGUGAAAAAAGUUUCCGGAGCAAACCUGACUUGGUUAGGCACAACAAGAUUCACACAGCUGAGAAGCCUUUCUCUUGUGAGACCUGUGGAAAAAGAUUCCUGAGGAGAGCUAACUUGGUUUGUCACAUCACCGUUCACACAGGUGAGAAGCCUUUCUCUUGUGAGACCUGUGGAAAAAAAUUCCGGAGGAAACAUGACUUGGUUUUUCACAUCAGAGAUCACACAGGUGAGAAGCCUUUCUUGUGUGAAACCUGUGGAAAAAGUUUUUCUAAGAGAAGAAGUUUAACUUUGCACAUGAGAAGUCACA